CCCGCUCUAUAUUCCCAAUUUCUUUCCCACAACCCCUCAUCCAACUCAAAAGACACGAUCGACGUAACACCCUACGAGUACUUCAUCCUUCGCUUCCUCCGAUGCAUCGCCGAUCUCUCCAUCGACCCUCUCUACUCCUUCCAGCUCUCCUCCGACACUCCCGAAUCCCAGCAAUCCGCCGAGACCACCCGCGGCACCACCGCUGUUCAGUUAUUCAUCCAAAUCAUGAACUUCGUGAUCCACCCGAAUUCUCCCUCCAAACCGCUCCCCGCGGUUUCCUCGCGGUCCCCCUCCUUCCAACGCCCCGACUUCUUCCUGUUAUCCGCGGUCUCGGAGCUGUGGCUGAGCCGGGACAGCUGUCUGAGCGACUGGAACCGCCUGUUCCAGACGUGUCUGUCGCGGUCGGUUUCGAUGAGUUUUUCGAUGCUGCCCUCGCUCUCCCGUGUGAUGUUGUGCUGUUUGUUUGAUCUAAUUCGACACCUGCAAGCCAACGAGGCGUUGCGAAAGGACGGGACUUCCGAGAUGUUCGUGGUGUUGUCCCCG